GCAAUACGUUUACCCGGAAGUGACGCAGUGUCUGGCGGAGACUCUCGGGGUCGCGAUGACGACGUUGCGAGCGUUCUGCUGCGAUGAUUUGUUCCGAUUCAACAACAUAAAUUUGGAUCCACUUACAGAAACUUAUGGGAUCCCCUUCUAUCUCCAAUACUUGGCUCAUUGGCCGGAGUAUUUUAUUGUUGCUGAGGCGCCUGGAGGAGAGUUAAUGGGCUACAUUAUGGGAAAAGCUGAAGGAUCAGUGGCACGAGAGGAAUGGCAUGGACACGUAACUGCUUUAUCUGUAGCUCCAGAAUUCCGACGUUUGGGACUAGCUGCUAAACUUAUGGAACUCCUAGAGGAAAUAUCUGAGAGAAAAGGUGGAUUCUUUGUGGAUCUCUUUGUUCGAGUUUCCAAUCAGGUGGCAGUGAACAUGUACAAACAGCUUGGUUACAGUGUCUAUAGGACGGUGAUAGAGUACUACUCAGCCAGCAAUGGAGAACCUGAUGAAGACGCUUAUGAUAUGAGAAAGGCCCUUUCCAGAGAUACAGAGAAGAAAUCAAUAAUACCUCUUCCUCAUCCAGUAAGACCUGAAGAUAUUGAAUAACUUUAAGCUGUGGUUCUUGGUUUAUGUUUAUUUAAGAAUCUCAAUUAAUAUUAACUAUUCUUAAAAAGUAUGGUUGUGUUUAGUUUGUGUACAUAAUGCUUAAAUUAUAUUUCAGACAAUUGAGAAAGUUUGAUGCCCACUUUGAUACAUUAACCUGAUUCCAAGAACCACAGCUUUAUUGGAAAAUGUUGAGUCUAUCAUGUUUUUUAUUCCCAACAGAAAGUCUUUGAAAUGCAUUAUGAAAUCAAAUCGUCAUAAAAGACUUGUGUAAGAUUUGCGUCCCUUUUUUUCUGAUGGUGUGCAGCCUUUAUUUAAUACCUGAAAUAUGAGUGCAAGGGGAAGAGAAGGAAAGGGAAGGCUGCCAAAUAAAUUGAGUUAAAAUGA